AUGUCUGCCAAACCCCCCUACGUUGUCCCUCCUACUGUUCCCCCUUCCUCCCCUGAGCGUGCUGCCACCUUGAUCUUUCUACACGGCUACGGUGAUGAUGCUGAGGGACUUCCGCUCGGCUUUGCGCAACAAUUCCAAUUCAACAACAAAAUGCCAUACUUGAAAUGGAUACUCCCUAACGCAGAACACAAUCAUGGCGCAAUGACUCGAGCAUGGUAUGUUCCCAAAACAUUGCCAAACGCGAUGAAGCCACCAGGACCCGGUCACGAACAAGAUGAAGAUGCACUCGACGACGAGGUGGGAAUCAUGAAAAGUGUAGAUUUGGUGGACCAGCUGGUAGAACAAGAAAUCAAGAGUGGAACCCCAGCGAAGAGGAUUCUCGUGGGUGGAUUCAGUCAAGGCUGUGCGGUGAGCCUGGUCUGGGGGCUGGCAGGGCGGUUGAGAAACGAGGUCGGAGGAGUAAUAUGUCUGAGUGGAUACUUGCCUCUGAGGAACCGGAUUGAGGAAUUGAGAAAGGAAAGAGUGCUAGGCGAUUCAACCGACGGGGCCGAUGACGUGGAAACGGACAGAAAGAAAUGGUUCUACGCCCAUGGGACGAUGGAUAUGUUGAUUCCUGCGAAACUGUACAUGCAGGGGAAAGAAGAAUUGGCCACAUGGGUGGACAAGGAAAACAUCGAGGAGCACUUAUACCAGGGCAUGGGUCACUCGACAAAUGCGGCCGAGUUGCGGGAUAUUUUGGGAUUCUUGGAAAAGGUCAUUCCUGGAUAG